CGGUAUGAUGGCGGGCGCUGGGGAAGAUGUGCGAGCGCUCUACCGGGCUGGCGUCCGAGCGGCUCUGGAGGCUUGGCCCGCUUUGCAGAUUGCGGUGGACAAUGGCUUCGGGGGCGUGCACAGCCAGGAAAAGGCCGAGUGGCUUUGUGGUGCAGUGGAGGAUUAUUUCUUCCGCAAUGCUGACUUGGAGUUGGAUGAGGUGGAAGACUUUCUUGGGGAGCUGAUGACCAAUGAGUUUGAUACAGUUGUGGAGGAUGGGAGUCUGCCCCAGGUGAGCCAGCAGCUGCAGACCAUGUUUCAGCACUUCCAGAGAGGUGAUGGAGCUGCCCUGAAGGAGAUGACCUCUCACAUCACCCAAAAGAAGCUUAAAGUCACAGCCACUGCACUUAAGACUGGCAAACAGGCUGAGGAGGCAGAAGCGGACACAGUGGAAGAAAUGGAGGUCACAGCUGUGAAUAAUGGGGCUACUACUGAGAGGGUGUGUCCCCAGGCUGAGCCCUCUGAAUCGAAUUUCCAGACUAUUAAGGAAGAGGAUAUAGUGGAAGAUGGCUGGACCAUUGUACGGAGAAAGAAAUGAGUGGAUCUGGAAAUGGUUUUUGAGUCUUUGUUUCUUAGGUGUUUGGAGACUUCUGUAGGGUUGUUGUUGUUGUUUUGAGGUCUAUAGACCUCUGGACUGUUUGUUCACCCUGUCCUCACCUUCUUCCCUGAUCCUCUGUCCAGCUCCUUCCAGGGGAAAAAAGCCCUAGAGUCCUUGGUUGAGAGGGUGAUGGGACCUACUUUACCAUAACCCUUAAGCCUUAAGGUACCAAGUGAAUGAUUAGGCUGGUUGUCCAGCACAGUGCCUCUUGGGUUUAAUCAGUGUGAAGAGGGUGGGGGGGGAUGAGUGUGGGUGUGGUUGAAGAAGGGGUUAGACUCUGGUGGACAGUGAGCAGUUUAAUUUGUGGAGAGGACCAGCAUUCAGCUUUAGGGGGCUGGCUGCUCAGUAAUGGUGAGAUGAACAUGGAGACCAAAGACAGAGAGGGGGUGGGGGAGAGAGAGAUGUUGAGGAUAUAUAGGAAAGUGGCUUGUUGGUGCCUCUCCCCUGUCCCUCUAACUCCUCACAGAGCAAGUCCUCUCCCCACCCAAACUUGAGACCUCCCAGAAAUGUUCUGCUCUCUUCUUUCAUUCAUUCCAGCUUUCCCAUGGAAUUCCUUCAAAUUCUAAGCCCAGCUAGGUGGUGAGGUUGGGAGAAUUGGGAUGUUUUCUGUCUCUUCCAACCUCUUCCUUCACUUCCCUCCCAUCCUGUUAAAAGUCCAGGGAUGAAGCUUCAGAACUUAAUAAAGAAUAGCUUCAUUCAUUGUUUAAUCUGUGGGUUGACCUGUGUGAGCCAUGGUAUCAGGCAGACUUGUGGGAGCUGAGCUUCAAAGUUCAGCCACAGAGAGGUUUCUGGGCUUACCCUCAUAGCCUGGUUACUUUGAACAGACAGACAUAGAUGAAUGGACUAUAACCGUGCUCUGAAAGUUACUGUAAGCCUGAAAUAAACUGUAUUUUUCUUUAAAAAACAAAACAAAGAGUAUCCAUUGUCCUCCCCCCACCCCUGUUCCCCUGUCCUGCCCAGUGGCCCUGCCAUGGGUCUGGACGUUAAAAUCCUGGGUAGCCUUGGGGCCAGGAAGCUAUAAGCUGUGGAAGAGGCAGGAGGGGGUUUAGUCACCAUCCCACGUGGAGUCAAAAAUGUGAAGACACUGGCUGAAGAGGUGGGAGUGGGUCGGGCCCCAGGGUUUGUGGCAGAGCUGGCACUUGAAUUCAUGUUUCCUGCCUCUGGUGCUUUUGUUUGGGGGGGGGGAUUGGGUGGAGGCAAGAUUUUUGGGGUGUUUGGGAUGGGGUGUAAAUAAUUGAAUUCAGGUGGGUCUAGCAAUAGCUCCCAACCUCCCUGGGGACAGGGAUU